AACGACAGGGGGCGACUCUGAGAAAUUGUUCUCUAAAUCAGCAGGAAGCAGCGGUGAUAAGAAGAAAGGUACAUGUGAUGAUGUUUAUUCUAGUUUACACUUCACCAAAACCACACUGUAAAAAGAAUCAUAUAAAACCCAGUAAACCUUCAGAUUAUUACUUGUGACAUUUAAAAAAAAAUAUAUGGAUAUGAGAACAUGUAUACAACUAAAUUAACAAUCUCUUAAAUAUUUUCUAAUUUCACUAAACAUUUUCAUUUAGUUUCAUGACAAUGGCAUUAACAAAAAAAGUUAAAUGAGUAUCAAGCAAGGCACAUAUCAGUUAAAUAAAUAUUAAUAAAAGAAAAUUACACAUUUACUAAAAAAAAAAAAAAAAAAAAAAUUAAAAUUAAGAUGGGGUCUCUUCAUUCCUCUUCUAAGAGAUCAAGGUCUCUCAUUAUUCCAGCAAAUUUCUGGGCCUUUUUCAUUUUCAUACAUUCCAAUGAUGGAAAGUAAUUACAAACAAAGUCUCUUUUGAAUACAGAAAAAUAAGGUUUCGUCUUCAUACAUUUGCAUUUAUGAAUGAAAAAUUUUCCCAGACUCAACAUUACAUUAAUAAAAAAUCAAUAACAAUAACCAACCAAUAAGACAUAUUUUCCCAGAAAAUAUUUGAAAACACACAAGAAAAAAAAAAAAAAAAGAUGAUCAGUUGUCUCUAUAUCAACUUGACAGAAAAUACAGGCAUUUUCUUCAAAACUAAACCAUUGUCUUAAAAAUUCACUUGAUGGGUAUAUACCACUGAAUAUUUUAAAAUGAGUUUCCUUAGUUUUAGGAGCAACUGGACAGCUAAUAUACUGUGUUCACAAUUUUUUUUUUUUUUACAGAUGAUUUAUCAUAAACUUGCAAAACACCAUUAUGAUACAGAAGUGUCGGAUAUAAUAUGGAAUUGAAAAUAAAAGAGCGAAUAAGUUUGUUGGGAAGCAUUGCCCUGAGGUCAUUACCAUUGAAGAAAAGGGGUGGGAGUUCACAAAGUCCAUCUGGCAUGUUGACAGAAGUGUUAUCCAAAAAAAAAGUGUACCAAAUUUAUAAAACUUUUUGGAAUGGCAUUCAAAACAUGCUCAAAUUGUUUGCGUUCAAACUGCAAAUUAUAUUUAGAACAAAAUUUUUUAAAAGAUAACAAUCUUCCAUUCCCAUCCAUUAAAUGAAGAACUGACCAAACACAUAGAGACUUGUAUUGAGAUAAAAAAUAAAUCUAUUGUUCCAUAUGGGGAUUCUAUGUGGAGUAAAGUUGUAGUUAUAUAGCAAUUUCCAAUAUAACAAAAUCUGCUGGUGAAAGGACGAUAGUUUGAUUGGUAGUCUGGAAACAGUGAAAUCACAUCUCAGUAGGAAAUCAAUUCCACACAGUUUUUUAAAUAUACCUCUGGGAAUACAAAACCAGAAACUACUUACAUUUGUUAUAAAAUUUCACCUUCAACAUUCCAUUCAUACAAUAAAAGUCAAAGGCUUGUAAACCACCAUUUUCGUAAUCUUGUAUAAGUUGUGCUCUCUUUAUGUAGUGCACACGUUUUCUCGAUAUAAAAUUUAAAUUAUUUUGAUUAACGGUCUUAAUAGCUCUAUUAGAAAUAGAGAGACAAGAUGCAGGAUAAAUACACCUAGAAAGACUUUCCAUUUUAGUUAAAUAAAUCCUUCCAAAAACAGACAAAUCCCUUUGCAUCCACGCAUUAAGCCUGCCUUUGCAUUCAUUCCAUCUAUUCCAGACAUUUUGCUUUUCCAUCAAGACCUCGUCCUUAGAAAUGUCUAUGCCUAAAUAUUUGACACUCGACUUAAUCGGAAUGUUAUAUACAGUUUUAAGAGGGCAUUCAUGUAUGGUAAUAAUUUCACAUUUGCCAAUAUUAAGCUUUAAACCUGAAAAAUUGGAAAAAUAAUUAACUACAUCAAUUAUUUUAGGAAUUUGGUUAAGAUCUUUUAAAAAUAAUGUUGUAUCGUCAGCCAAUUGACUAAGUACAAUUUUCUGUCCAAACACAUUUAAACUUUCAACAUUUGAGUUUUUAAUUAGGAGAGCAAACAUCUCUGUAGCCAAAAUAAAUAAUGAGGGUGAGAUGGGGCAGCCUUGUUUAACUCCUCUCUUGACAUCAAAUCUGGGUGAAGUACCUGUUGGUAGGGCAACUGAGCUAUUGGUAUUUGUAUAAAAUAAUUGAAUAAUAUUACAGAAAUUUUCACCAAACCCAUACAUUUUUAAACAUUUAAAAAUAAAAGAAUGUUCUAACAUAUCAAAGGCUUUAUAGAAAUCUAAAAAUAUAAACAGUUGGAUAAACUGUGUUUCAAGCGGUUAUUAUAUAUGUGGGUUUGUAAUUUAUAGUCACUGUUUAGUAAAGUUAUAGGUCGUAAAUUGUCCAACAAUCUACCAUCUUUUCCUGGUUUGGGAAUAAGUGGGAUAAGGCCUUGUCUCACUGAACUAGGCAAAACCAAAGUUUUAGUCAUUUCCUGAAAAGCUGCAAAAAGAAAUUCCCUUAGUAAGACCCCAAAAUGGCGAUACAAAUUAGACGUAAAACCGUCUGGGCCAGGUGAUUUAUCUAAUGACAAACACAUAACAGCAGAAUCAAGCUCUUCAGUUGUUAAUUCUGCAUCACAUAACAUUUGAAAUUGUUCAUCUAUAUGAGGGACAAAUUGUCCAAUUUUUUCAAAGAGAGAAUUAGGGUCUAAUAUUGAAGAGGAUGACGAAGAUAAAACCUGAUAAAAGUUGGCGACUUCUUUAACUAUUAAUGGUGUAUUAGAACACUCUGCCCCAUUAAUAAUUAAAGUUUUAACAGAGUUUCUUUCUUGACGUUUUUUUUCCAGUCUGCAGAAAUAAACUGAGUUUUUCUCCCCUUUUUCCAUCCACUUAGCUCUUGAUCUAAUAUAUGCCCCCUUAGCUUUUUUCAUAUAGAUUUCAUCCAACUGUGAUUGCAAAAGUAACAAUCUUGAUCUAUCAUCCUCCGUUAAACUCAAUUUGUUAGAAUAUUCAUUUAUUUUUUAAAUAAAUGUAAGAUUUGUUUAGCUGUUUACUAAAAUAUUAUUAUUUAACAAAUGCACAGUUUCAUUGCACCAUUCCUUUUAGAAUAUUAAAGUGCAAUUUGAUUUGAAGUAAAUGAAAAUACAAUUUUAGUUCAAUAAUAGUAAAUAAACAAAAUAAAACUUGAGCACAUAAAAGAAAACCAGAAAAAAUAAGAAAAAUCUGCACAUACAUAUUGUAAUCAGUUUCAAACACUGAACUCUUACAAAGUUACAAGACCUCUUCUUUACAGAUCUGAAUCUAUUAAAAUAAUUUUCACUGUUGUACCAUGAAUAAUUAUUUUCUCCUCAUAUUAACGCAUAACAGGUUGGUGUCACGUUAAACUUGAGUUUUUACAUGUAAAAUCCCUCAUAAACUCAGUUUCGUGCAGAAAUACUGAUGAAUAAAGCAGUAUGAACAUGAAUUUUUGUGAUAUUUUGUUCAUGUGACAAGCAGAAAGCACUUAGUAAAUUAAUUAAAUGACGCAAUUCAACAUUACGCAUAUACAAUGGCAUUUUCAACACAUCUUUUCAAUAAAAUAACGCAUCACAACAUCACUGAACAUCACUCUGAUUGGUUUUAAGAGUAAAUCUACUAACGAUGAUCAUAAACAUUGAAAUAAAACAGAAUUAUCUUAAACUAUGACUCACCAGAGUUCGGGAUUAUGAGGGAAAAAGUGAACUGUUUCCUCGGAGCAUAUCAUGCAUCACGUAACCUUUUUUUAAUACAACGUAAAUUAGAUGAAUUUAACAGAAAAAAACAUAAUAUUUUGUGAAAUACACAACAGAAAUAACCUUUUUCACAGUUGGAUUCAAAACAGCAAUCUCACAACGCUGUAUAACGCUGGCUCUGCUCUCUUGAGAAUGCUCACCUGCGCACCUACAGGCCAAAACCAUAACUGCACCCAUCACUUUAAGUUAACCCUUUCCUGUUGCUUUGGGUGGGUUACACCAUAGACAUUAUAAUAAACACUAGACGCCCUAUUGGCUGCUGGACCGUACGUCAACGGCACCGCCAUAUUGUGCGGGGCAAUGUUCCCAUAACGCUCAUAACUGGAAUUGCGAAAAAUGCCUGCUUCGUGUGCUGCUUGGGGCUGUACAAAUCGCUGCACAAUUGAAAACAGGUCUCGGGGAAUUACCUUUCAUAGGUUUCCCAAAGACAACGAGUUGAGGAGACAGUGGGAAGUAGCUAUAAGAAGGGAAGGUUUUUCCUCAAGCGAGUUCUCUGUGCUUUGCAGUGGGCCCUUCAAGCCGGAGGGCUUUGACAGGUCAGGUCAGUCUGUCAGGAUUAGGGAUGGAGCUGCACCAUCGGCCUUCUGUUUCCCGACUCAUCUGCAAAGAGUAGGUUUAUCAUCACUAGAUUAUUUAAUAGUUUACAAUUAAAUGGUGAUUUGUUUAUAUUUUUGUUUCUUUUUUAGCCCGUUGCAACCAGCCUGUGUGAUUUGUAUUCGAUGAUUUGUUUUAUUUUCUCAAUGGUGGUCAAUUCUAAGCUCAAGAAAAGCUAAAAUUGGGUUAAAGACAGAAAAUGCCUUUUCCACAAUAAGAAAACUUUAUUUUAUUUAAUGUGAAAAUUAUAUUAUAUCUCAGUAUUGGCGUUUUCACAAUUAUGUAUGCAAGAAUAAAGCAACCAAAUACAUGACAAGCCUGAGCUUUGACCAUUUCUUAUUAAAAUAAAUAUUUUAUAUGUCUAACUAUAGAGAUUUUAAGUAACUAGAACUUUUUGUACACCAUGUACAUUAUAAACCACUGAAAUCGGUUGAUAAAUGUGAACGUUAUUUUUGUUUUUAUCCAGAAAAACCGCAGCUCGCCCGUUUACUUGCACUUGUUAUCAGCGCAGUCUUGCCCCACACAAUAUGGCGGACUCGUUGACGUAUCGCAGCAACAGUCCAAAGAGGCCAAUAGGGCGUCUAGUGUUUAUUAUAAUGUCUAUGGGUUACACCUGCAAAAGAACACAUUGAGCUUUUUUUUUUCCUUACAAAACAAAAAUGUAGCUUUUCGUUUUGUACUAUCUCUUAGACCCCUAACAUUUAGUGAAAGAAAAGAAAUGCAACUGUUAAGUUUAAACAUAGAACAAGAAUAACCGUAUUAACAAAACAAUAAAAAAUACCUUUAGGGGAUAGAAUAACGCUGGAUAUUAGGAUUUAACGGAAAUCAAAAUAUAAUAUGAACUGAUGCUCUGGCAGAUGAGUUUCAUAUUUAGUUCUCACUAGUCACAGCCUCUUCAUUGUUUCAUGGCAGAUUUCAGCCCAUGUUCUGAUUUGUAAUUGAGAUUAGACGGCCGUUGAUGUACCCCAAAGGACCACGAUAAUACGCCUUCUUACCAGCGCUUCUGGCUUCCUGGAUGAGCGGCCAAAGAGCUGCACCAGCACUCCGGUCCGCAGCUGACAGAUCCUCCGUGAACCUGAUUCCACGUUCAGUGCACAGCUGAGAGUUCUUUGUAAUCUUCCAAAAUUCGUCCCUGUAUUGAGGCAUGGCAAACUGAACAAUCAUUUGACGGUGUCUUCCACUCUCCUUUUUUCCAAUCCGGUGAAUAGAGUAGACGACAUCUUCCAGCUUCUUUGCCAGAUGUGGAGCUAUGUUACUCAAAAGUUCAGUCACCUCUUUCCAUGCAUCCUCGUCAGCAUGCUCUUUCAUCCCUUUAAUCCAAAGAUUCCAUCUCCGUUUAUAUCGUUCAAGCUCUGAUGUCUUCAACCUUAACUCCUCAUUGGACUUCACAAGAACUGCUGUUUGCUUUUCCAAGAUGACAUAUUUUUUCUUGUUACCCUUAAUCUCUGCAGCAUUAAACUCCACCGACUUGGAGAUUGUCGCAAUCAUGAUGCUGUUUUGUCUCAUUUUGUCUGGGAUGUCCUCCAACUUUCUGUCUUGAGAAUCAAACCUCGCCGUUAAGGAGUUAAUUGCCUGCAGCAAGGCUGCAUUGGAGAUGUCACUGUCGUCUGAUUUCACCUUUUUUUUGCAGAGUUUUGGUUGGAGUAAUGUGUGAAGCAUCCCGUCUUCUUUCCUUGGUGUUCUCUUGGCCGUAAAUGUGAUCCGUUUCCAUGGGUACACUCUGGGCUCUUGUUUGCUAACUGCGUCAUGUUCGCGUAACGAAGUUAUCUUGUUCAAUGAGCUGAUCUCAAUCUUAUCAAAAAAAAAAAAAAACAA